AUGCCCACAGACCAGAUCACUGCCCCAGGGUACUUAGUCUCCUACCAUCUGAUGGAUGCUGUGGUGCCAAGGUUCACCAUAGAGCAGGAAAUUGACCUCAAGGAUGUCCUGAAGGGCCUUGGGAUUUCUGAGAUUUUCAACAGAAAUGCAGAUUUUAGUGCUCUGUCUGACAACAAGGAGAUUUUCCUGGCCAAAGCCGUCCACAAAUCCUUCAUAGAGGUUAACGAGGAAGGAUCCGAAGCGGCUGCUGCCUCAGGAAUGAUUGCCAUUAGUCGCAUGGCCGUGCUCUAUCCCCAGGUUAUCGUCGACCAUCCAUUCUUUUUUCUUAUCAGGAAUAGGAGAACAGGUACCAUCUUGUUCAUGGGAAGAGUCAUGCACCCAGAAGCCAUGAACACAAGUGGACACGAUUUUGAAGAGCUGUAAAUAUUUCCCCUCACAUCAUGAAAGGAAAAUUGUCACUGAGCACACCAUGUUUGCAACUGGUAUCUAUUUAAGGUUUGUGUUCUCCAAUGUAUACUCUGAGCCUGUUCCAGGUCCACGCCGUCACGCAGAUGGCCCGCUGGUCUUGUCAAAGAAUGCUUCCCGUAUUAUUGCCGCCAUCAUGGUCCUCUUGCUGUCCUUGUGGUUACUGUGUUGGUAUUGAAAAUAAAACCAUAUACUGUACACAUGA